AUGGAACAUACCCCAGCUCCAUAUGGACCAAGAUCUGUUUAUGGAUAUGCUUUAUACAUAGGUUCAAAUAUGCUAUUCCUUUUAUUCCUGGUAUGGGCCUUAAUACCAGAUCAAAUUUUACAUAAUUUAGGAUUAACAUAUUGGCCUUCUAAAUACUGGGCUGUAGCAAUACCAAUUUGGGCUUUAACUGCCCUUGCUACAUUUGCAUUUAUUAUUUACCCAGCUAUAAACUUAUCUAUGACUCCAGAUAUUAAUGAUAUCACUACUAUUACAGAUAAACAUUCACGUCCUAAAAAAGAAACUGUUCCAGGUGGUAUACCAUCUGUGUAUGAUAUUCCAAUAACAGAAGUUUGUAGAAAGUUGUAUUUAGCAAAAAGAAGUAACAAUAAACGACAUUAAAAAUUUA